CCGGGCCCGAGCCGCGCCGAUGCCCAAGCUGCCGCUCUCGCCGGUGCCCGAGCAGGAGGCUGACGCGGCGGGGGAGCGGCUUUCCGGGAGCGCGUCCCCGCCCGCGGCCGUCGCUCCGAGCCCCUCCGGCUCGCAGGACUCAGAGGCAAGGGCGAAAGCGCCGCCUCCCUUCCUCAGCCUGAUGUCGGACUUCAACUCCCUUAACUCCCGAGGCUGGGGAUCAUGGGAACUGAAGUCCAACAUGGGCAGGCUGACGGGAGCGGCCGAGCCAGGCUGCAAAACGGGGAGGACCUGGCCGCGCGUGGGAUUCUGGGAUGGUAGUCCUCGGCAGCGCGCCGUUGCUAGUUUGAAAAAAAAAAUCUUGUUUUUCAAGGGUUUUGUUAGCUGGACUUCUGUAUCAUUACUUCUUUUGGAUAUAAUUAUGUAUGUUCAUAUGUUCCUGUACUUUGACAUGGCAUUAUAUCAGACUUUUUCAAGGUCCCCUGAUAUAUCAGAACUCAUCUGCCAGGAGGGCAGUGCCUGUUUCUUGGGGAAAGCAUCAAACCCUUCUGAAGAAGAAGAUGAGAAAGAAGAAGAAGAUGAUCAAGAGGAAGAGUGGGACACAGACCUCGAGAUAGAAAAGUCUACAAUAAGCUAUGAUCCUGCUGGGAAAGCCAGAUACCUUGAGAUCUGCCAGGCGUAUGGCGUUGUCCCCAUCUCUUAUUUCUUACGACACAUGAAAGAUUCCAAACUGACUCUGAAGCAUCGUGGCCUUAGCCCUAAGGGAGCCAAAGCACUCGCUCUUUCCCUGACCAGCAACGCGUCCAUUGUGAAGUUGAACUUGUGUGACAACGGGCUGGAUGGAGAUGGAGCAGUUGCACUGGCAGAGAUGUUGAAGGAAAAUUGCUGUAUUUCAGAAGUUGAUUUAUCAGAGAAUAGAGUUGGAGUGAAAGGCGCGGAAGCUCUGUCUGCAAUGCUUCGGGAAAAUCCAACUCUUGUGACCGUGAAACUUUCAGGAAAUAGCUUAAACAACAGUGCGGCCAAAUACCUGGCAGACGCUUUUAUGACCAAUCACAAAGUGGAGUGCCUUGACCUGAGCCACAACAUGCUUGAGGAGCCAGCAGGAGAGGCUCUGGGAGUCGCUAUGGCGGAAAAUGUGGGGCUAAAGGAACUCAACCUCAGCUGGAACAACUUUCGGGGCCAAGGAGCAGUGGCUGUCGCCAGAGGCUUGGAGGCUAAUAUAUUUCUUCGAGUCCUCAAUCUGUCAUAUAAUGGCUUUGGCAACAGUGGAGCAGCUGCUCUGGGGGUAGCCCUGAAAUGCAACAAUGUGCUGGAAGAACUCCACAUUGGUAAUAACCGCAUUGCACUGGAAGGGGCGCUCGCUCUUGCUUUGGGCCUGAAGGAAAACAAGAAUCUGAAGAGACUUAGUAUGUCCAGAAACCCCAUCCAGAAUGAAGGCUGCCUUGGGAUCCUCAGAGCCAUCCGAGCAAAUCCUGGAGCUGCUACAGAGUUUCUGGAUCUUUCAGCAAUUGCGGUGAAGCAGGACUUCAUCCGAGCGUGUGAGGCUGUCCAGGAAUUUUUCCCAAGCCUUCUGAUCAAACAUGAUGGAGCCACUCCCUUGUUCAGAAGAGAGUCUUUGCAGGUUUCCAGAAGAGAUUCUUGAUGGCCCUGGAAGAUCUCUGACUGGCCUUUUCUCAUUUAUGUGCCUGAUGGGGGAGUCCUGUGAAACUUCUGGCAGUGCUUAACAGAG